AUGAAUACGUUCAAAUUUACUAUUACUGGAGCUGAAAAUAUUUCAGUCCAACUCCCAGCCACUCUUGGUGAGGAGAGCCUGACUAAGAAGAGUAUCAAGGCGCAACUCCAUAUCCCUGAGGAAGAUGAUUUUGAUAUCUUUGAUGAAAAUAACUGCUUAAUAGGAGAUUUCGAAGUUACUCUCAUAUCUAGCAAAGUAAAAGGUACUUUCAGAAUCUGAAUUAAAAAUAAGCUAUCUGAAAAUGAUUCAGAUUUACUACCCAAUCGAGAGAAUGCAAUCAGCACUUUAAUGGAUACUGUAUCUACAAAGAAAUAUGUAUGCGUUUCAGCAAAGUGUAGGAAGACUUACAAUCUAUGCAGCGACUUAUAUGAACACUAUAAAGUGCACUUUCAGAACAAACCAUUCAAAUGUUCAGCUGUAGGAUGCAAGAAAAGCUUCAUGACUCAGUUCCAACUGAACACCCAUCUCUCUGUUCAUCAGGUUGAGAAGCCUUAUAAAUGUACUUACCCUGGGUGUAACAAGAGUUAUGCCAAGAACUGCCGUCUCACAGUUCAUAUGAGGUCUCAUGAUGGAGUAAAGCCAUUCUUAUGUCCAUAUGAAAAUUGUGGUAAAAGAUUCUCUGAAAAGGGAAAUUUGAAAACUCAUAUCAGGACUCAUACAGGGGAGAAGCCUUACUUUUGCACUCAUUGGGGAUGCAAAAAAAGAUUCAGCACUCAAGGCCAUCUUAUUGACCAUAUCAGAGGUCAUUCAGGAGUUAAACCAUUUCCUUGCAGUCUCUGCUCAAAAGCCUUCAUGAGAGCUAGUACUUUGAAGGUGCACAUGAGAGAUCAUACCGGUGAGAGACCUUACCCAUGCACUAUCUGCCCCAAGAUGUUCAAAGAAGCUAGAUCUUUGAGAGCUCACAUGAAGACCCAUAAGAAUUCAACCUGUAUUCAAAGUUCUAAAAAUAUAUGAAGUAAAACUAUUUCUCAAACUGAUGAGAUAAAGAACUAUAAACAACUCAAAGCUUCUUCUGAAGUCACCUCGUUGUUGCUUUCAGGCGAUCAUAGCACCUUCGAAAUGCAAAGUUACUCAAAAACCUCUCCUGAGCAAGUUAUGAGGGUUGAAAAUUUGGGAUCAAAUCCAUUGACUCCAGUUAUCCAAGAUUUCAAACACUCUGAGACAAUUCCAUCUAACUUUCUCCAGGACUUCUGUUUAUGUGGCUUGGAUAGAGAGACUCUAACCCAGUUUGCAGUGAAUGCAGUAAAUGAGCAACAUGAAGGAUUCUCAUUCCGAAAGUUUCAAACCUGCAAUCAAAUUGGCUCCGAUUAUCCAAGCUAUGAUCAAUUCUGUGAAGAUAUGUCAGCCGACUGGGCAAACCAGAAGAACAUGCCAGCUUUAAAUAUUCUCUCAGAGCAGCUUUAUUCAAACCUAUCCUAUAAUUCCUAAUAACUAAUAUUUGAUUUGAUAAACCAUCUUUUUCAAACUCUUUUAGAAAUUUCAGACUUUACUCUCUUUUGAACCCUCCUAUUUCAUAAUGGGAACAAAAUUCUGAAUUAUUCACUUCCACAAAGAAGGUUUAUGCUAGUUCUUUAAAACUUGCUUUAUUAUUCAAAAAUAUUAAUUUGCAGGUUUGGAAAAUAUUUAUGAGGGGAGCCAAAAGAGGUUGCCUUUACAAGUCUUGAUUCCCUGAAUAAAGUAACAAAGGUUUAGCCAUUUGUCUGUUGGUAAAAGCUCGUAUUUCAAAAUUAAUAGAAUUAUAGUGAACAUACACUCUGGUAGUAUUAUAUGAAAUUCCAGCUAGCAAAAUUUGAAGAUGCCCUAUUUACCCUAGAUAUAGUUUGAAAGCUAAAACCCUCUCAUUAGAUAGAUAUUCCCCAUGAAAUUAGAUUUUCCUCUUACCUUUGAUAAGGAGAAAUUAUUCAUACAACUUUUCAGAAAUUUUCAGAAAUAACCAAGUGAUUUCAAUCAGUUAGAAAUUGAAGAGAGUUGUCCAGAAAUAGUGAGGGCGAUAUAAUAUUAGCUUAUGAGGCUCAUACAAUUGAUCUGUUACAAGUGAUGCAGUGGCAAGGAUACAGUAUUGGAAUGAUCCUCUGAAGUCCUCUUUUAGAUUUAGUAGAGUAGAUUUUGAUAGUGGAAAAUUUCAGAGGAAACAAAGUGAAAUAUUCUUCAUGGUUCUUAGAAAUAAACCAACUUUUUAUCAGAUAUAUAAGAGCUUUCAGAAAGCAUAUUAAAAAUAUAUAGACUCUAACAAGUCUAGCAGUGGUAAGCUAUGUAAUCCAGAAAUAUCUCUUUCUCUUCUUCGAAUGAAAGCUAAUAAACAUGGCUAAGGAACAAAGGCCUCGGGCAUACUAUUGAAACUUUCCUUCCUAGGAGCUUCUAACUCUAUCUAAAAGAAAUAGCCUCUCUUUCUCUUGUUUUUUUCACGCUGCAUUUCAAGUUCCAUAUCAUAGCUUUCUAAAUUUUCGAAAUUUUUCAAAACUGGUAUAUAAAACUAGUGACAUCUUAGCUCUGAUCCGUUGUUGUCUGUUUCUCUAGCCAUGCCGUCUUCAAUAGCUUAAGAUUUGGAAAUAUAGAACUGGAUUUCUCCCAAGUGUGAAGAUUCUAAUAAGAGAAUAACUUAUUUUUUAAUGUUGGAUUUACACUGUAUUAUAGAGACUUUUUUAAGAAUUUAGAGACUCAUUUUCCAUGAUGCCUUAACUUGGUACAGAGAGUGCUUAGACUGCCACACUCUAGAUGGCUGGGAAGUAUACCCCUGACAUGCCUCAGGCCAUUCAACGAGAUUUUAAAGGUCUGUGAUUAGCCUCGAGCUAGACUCUUUUGUAAUUCAUGGGAGAUUACUGAUUUUA